AUGCGCCUGUUUUUUUUUCCAGUGAGGUCGAAAGGCGCACAGGAUCUCUUUAGAGUGGCCGAUGUUGACCAAUUAGGGAAGCUGAGUCUGUCGGAGAUAAAGCGCCUUGUCGAGGUGUGCGAUUAUGACAUCGACGACGAGGAGCUGCAGGCCAUCUUCCGUCGCGCCGACGCCAACAACGACGGCGAACUCGACGACAACGAGUUCGUCGAACUCGUCAAGUACUUCAUAGGAAACAAGUGA